UAAAAUAUCUUAAAUAAUAUUUGUUAAAAACUAUAAAUUAAUGAUCUCUCAUUUACAAAGAGUUUUUAAUUUUGUAUUAAUUAAAUAUAUUUGGAUGACCAGGUUGCUUUUUUGAGAAAAAAUUGUCUAUAUCAAAUUAUUUAGAUAAUCGAAAAAAAAAAAAAAAAAUUAAGAAAAAAAUGCCUUAAUUAAUGAGCAUUUACAGUAUAAUAUAUUUUUGAUUGUCUUCAAAUUAGGAUUAUCUUGAUCAGGAGCCUAUUAAAAAAUAUUAAAUUUAUUUUUUCAUUUUGAUUGUAUAGUUUAAUAGUUGUAUUUACUUUUAAAAUGCUUAUCUAAAUUUUUAAAAGAAGAUAUUUAAGAGUAUAAUAUCUUAAAUUUGUCUUUAAAUUUACCAUUUAAGGUGUCUCAAUAUAAUUAAAAAAAGAAGUCUUGAUAUUGAGUAGGAUACAUUUUCUUUUUUUAAAUAAAUUUAAAGAUUAUGAUUUACCUGAAUUAAAUUUUUUUCCUAAGUGAGAUAGAAAAAAGUUUUUGAAUUACAAACCAAGUUAAAAGAAAAUCUAUUAAAUUAAAUAGCGAUUGUUUAUAAAUUGAAAGGAAAUGUGUUAAUAAUUUUUAUAAUUAAAUUAAAAAGUCAAAUUUAAAUAAAAUUAGAAAUUAUUUGCCAAAAUGAAAUUGAUUGCAUUAUUGCUUAUUAUUGCUAUUACAACUGUUAACGCGAGUCAAGAAGUACCACAAUGUCUAUAUGAUCUAUUAGACAAAGUAAAAAACAAUUAAAUUUGCUAAUAAGGUGAUACAGCUUGCAUUAGUGAUCUUAGAUCUUUAGAUCAGUGUAGUCUUAAUUGCAUGAAUUAAAACUAAAAUAAAUAACCUCAGACAUUUAAUUGUGUUAAAAGUAACUGCAAACCAACAAACCCUUCAACUUAAGCCUAUUUCGAUGAAUUGAUUAAAUGUUAAUCUACAAUUUAUAGCUCUAUUGCUUUAUUCAGCAUACUAUUUGCAUUAAUUUUCUUAUUAAUAUGA